UAAAGAGAUAUAAAGAGAGUGAAUGAGGUAAUAGACAUUUCUGCUUUGCAUUCUUAUUUACGUAGUGUAAUAAUCCGCGAAAAUCGGCAGCAACGAUGGAUAUAUUCGGAUUAACAGAGAUUGGUACGACUUUCGUUCUUGGAGUUUUGCUUAUCAUAACCAUUUAUCUAUUUGGGAGAAGAAGAUAUUCACUUUUCAAAGAACUCGGUAUUCCUGGUCCCGAACCUGUUUGCUACUUAGGAAACAUGAUAGAAUUAAAGAAACGAGGAUUUUGUUAUGCACCUAAAUACUGGAGAGAAGUCUAUGGAGACACAUACGGUGUAUUUUUAGGAGCAAACCCAAAUUUAGUCACAUCUGAUCCUGAAAUAAUCCAAGAAGUUUUAGUCAAAAGAUUUUCAAACUUUACCAACCGAACUCCUUUCGUUGGAGAUAUAAUUAGUAAACUGGCAAUUACAGAAGCUAGAGACGAUCACUGGAAAUACCUGCGCACGGUUUUGGCUCCUUCUUAUACCUCCCAUCAAAUGAGAGGGAUGAACACAAUGAUACAAACAUGUGCUGAUAAUUUGGUGGAAAAUAUCGGAAAAUUUGCGGAGAGUAAAGAAAUAUGUGAUGUUAAAACGUUGUUCUCUGCUUACACUAUAGAUGUCAUAGCGGCCACUGGAUUCGGAAUAAUGGUGGACUCACAGAAAAAUCCUAAUGAUUCAAUGGUUAAGAAUCUGAAGGAGAUGCUGAAGAUCAGUUUCUUUACUCCAAUGAUCUUUUUACCACUUAUUUUACCGUUUACACGGAAGAUAAUAGAAACAUUACUAAGCUUAAACCUUCGAGGUCCAGAUUUCACCAGGAAAUUUUGUACACAAUUGAUUCACGAACGAAAGAAAAGUCAUAUGAUCAAUGGUGCACAAAACAACCUUUUAGAUCUCAUGAUAAAGGCUCAGCUAAAGGGGCAUGAGAAACUGGACCCAGAGGAAGAGAAAGAACUCCAUUUGGAAAAUAUAACUGACUGGAGAACUAAAAGAGGAAUCACUGAUGAUGAAAUCUUGGCUCAGUGUGGAUUAAUUUUAAUUGCUGGUUACGAGACUACAGCUUCUACUCUCACCUUCUUCUUGCAUUUAAUGUCAGUUCACCCAGAAUCACAGCAAAAAAUAUACGAAGAGAUUGAAGAUGUUCUGGGAGAGGAUUUGCCUAAUUACGAGAAUGUUCAGAAGUUACCUUACCUUGAGAUGUGUUUGAAUGAGACAUUAAGGCUGUAUCCCAUAGGAACUGCACUGGAUCGUCAGUGUAAAAACACAUGCACAAUAAACGGUGUAAAGAUUCCCGAAGGUAUAACUGUCAAGGUCGGUGUCUAUGGUCUGCACUAUGAUCCGAAAUACUGGCCUGAACCAGAAAAAUUUAUUCCAGAAAGAUUCAGCGAAAAAGGAAAAACUGAGCAAACGCCAUUCACCUUCUUACCAUUUGGUGGAGGACCAAGGAUUUGUCUUGGAAUGAGACUGGCCAAGCUGGAGUUCAAGAUAGCAGUUGUACAAGUUAUUCGUAAAUUCAAAAUUCUUCCUACGGAGAAAACUGAGGACCCACCUGUCUUAAGUGACAACUUCUUUCUGUCUGCUAAAAGUGGAAUCUGGGCGAAGUUUGAACGAAGAUAAACUAUUUUAACUGCUUGAGUGUCACGAAAUCGAUUUGCAAAUCUAUACACCAAUUAAUUACAGAAAGAAAAUUUAAUGUGACGAAAGAAAAAAAUCCGUUACCUUUUAUUCCUCUCGGUUAUUAGAUUGCAGAUAUGCUGAGGCCCUGUCAUGACCGGUUUAGUCGAACAAAUCGACCCUAGUAAUAUAUUGUUUUUAAGUCUGAUGUUUACUUUAUCCGUUUUUCUUGACGAACUGCUAAAUUGCCGCUAUGUAACCUAACCAAUGCUGGUUGUCAAGUGAUGAUGGAGAGACAUACAUACAUACAUACUACAUACAUACAUACAUACAUACAUAAAAACACACACACCACACACACACAAGCACACACACAUAACGGGAGAUCAUGUAGUUCCCACCUACUGCAUUUUCUCAUAGGGCAUUGGUCGGUCAGGGACUAUAUUAGAAGACGCCCCAAAUGCCAUGCAAUGGAACAGACUCUGAAACCACUUGGACGCAAAGCAAAACUUUUUUCUACUACACAGCCAUUUCUGUACACUAUUUAUGUAAUCAUAUUUGAAAUAAACCGCUUCAUUAUUUCCUCCAACUACAA